AUGUCGGACCGUGUCGCGCAAAUCGCCAACCACCUCAACUACCCCAAGGGCAUGCUCGCCGGGCAGGUCGCCAUCAUCACGGGCAGCGGCCAGGGCAUCGGCGCCGAGACCGCGCGUCUAUUCGCCAAGGAGGGCGCCAAGGUAGUCGUGACCGACAUUGACGCCAAGAAGAGCGACGCCGUCGCCGAGGCCAUCAACAGCUCCGGCGGCCAGGCCAUCAGCGUCCCCGGCGACGUCCUCGACCCUUCCUACCCGGAGACCCUCGUCUCCCGCGCCGCCGCCUUCGGCUCCGGCAAGAUCCACAUCCUCGUCAACAACGCCGGCUACACCUGGGACGGCGUCGUCCACAAAAUGUCCGACAAGCAGUGGGACACCAUCCUCGCCCUGCACGCCACCGCGCCCUUUCGCCUCGUCCGCGCCGCCGCCGCCUACUUCCGCGUCACCGACGGCGAGCCCCGCUGCGUCGUCAACAUCUCCUCCACCAGCGGCGUCCACGGCAACGCGGGGCAGGCCAACUACGCGCUCGCCAAGGCCGGGGUCGUCGGCCUCACCAAGACCAUCGCCAAGGAGUGGGGGCCCAAGUUCGGCGUGCGGGCGAACGCGAUUGCGUUUGGGCACAUCGCGACGAGGCUGACGGCGGCAAAGGAGGAGGGCGCGUUCGUGGAGGGGCCGGGCGGGGAGAAGAUUGCGCUGGGAAUACCGCAGGCGCAAAAGGGGACGGGGUCGGGUGCGGCGCCGGCGAAGAGCGACAUCCCGCUCGGAAGGCCGGGCACGGCGACGGAGGCAGCGGCGUCCAUCCUAGCCGUGGCGAGUCCCCUGUUUUCGUACGUCAGCGGCCAGACCAUCAUGGUGACGGGCGGCCGCAAUAUGUAA